UACACCAUUCAGUUUUGUUUAUGAAGUCUGAAGACAUGGACGUUGCGAGUAUGAAGAUCUCCAAAGAAAAAGGUUGUCGCCUACUUCAAUAUGUUUGUGCUUUAAGUGUAUCGUUUGCAGUGAUGGAAUGUGGUGUAAGUUUAGCGUGGACGUCGCCAACAUUGCCGUAUCUGAAGAGAAAAGAUUCCGAAAUUCCCAUAUCCGAAAUUCAAGGUGCCUUAUUAAUAUCGAUAUACUUCAUUGGAUCUUUUUUUGGUUGUCUGCUAAGCCCAUGGACGAUGGAUAGAUUUGGCCGCAAGUACAGCUUCCUAAUGUUCUCUGUACCCGUAAUCAUUGGAUGGACAACAAUAACGUCAGCAAACAACUACAUUACUCUAUGUAUUGCUCGUUACGUAAUUGGAUUAGGCGAUGGUGGUCUGCUUGAAUUUAUUUCAAUCUACUUAGGCGAGAUUACGGAAAAAAAUAUCAGAGGUAAGCUCUCGAUAGCCACGAAAUCCGCGAUGCUGGUUGGCGUUUUUUAUGAAAAUGCAGUAGGCACUUACUUGCCAUUUAGGACUUCCAACCUGAUAACGAUAGCCAUACCUGUUAUUUUUGUUAUUACAUUUUUCUUUAUGCCUGAGUCCCCUUACGUAUUCAUGAUGAGAGAUCGGGAAAAGGACGCGAUGAGAUGUUUAAUGAAGUUGCGAGGACUUAAGCAGCCAGAGUCAGUGCAAAUUGAUUUAGACAUGAUGAAGAAAGCUGUGUUGGAAAGUCAAGACUGUACAGGACACUCUAUGUGUGAACUUUUUAAUAAUAAGAGCAAUCUCAAGAGGCUACGUAUCCUUCUAAUGGCGAAAGUGACUAGGCACGUUGCGGGAUCAGUUGCCAUCUUGACAUCCCUUCAUGAAAUCAUGAAGGACAGUGGCAAUUCUCACAAUGCUGUCCUCUACGUAUGCGCGUGCAAAAUAGGUGCAAGUUUGAUGAGCUCACAAUUAAUAGAUAGACUAGGUAGAAGAGUACUCUUUCUAAGUUGUGGAAUCUUAUGCACUCUAUCUCUUGGAUCACUUGGUAUAUUCUUCUUCUUAAAACUACAGUUAGGUGCUGAUGUUUCAUCGAUAACCUGGUUGCCGAUAGCUUCUCUAAUAACUUAUGAAAUUGGAUAUUAUAUGGGAAUCAGUCCAGUAGGUUAUGUUCUACAAGGAGAACUUUUCCCACUAAAAGUUAAAGGAACAGCAGUGGCCAUCGUAUCUGUUACAGAACAACUUUUAAGUUCCGGAGUUAGCUUUGGAUUUCCACUGCUAAAUCACCUAGUGGGAAUGUACGCAAGCUUCUGGUUAUUUUCGAUAUGUUGCAUUACUGGUACGAUGUUAGUUUUUUAUAACACACCAGAAACUAAUGGAAAGACUUUGGAGGAAGUAGAAGCAUUGAUAAACCCAACAGCAGUGAAAACUAUAGUUAAGCCACUGUUGAUCGAAUCUAAAUGAACAAAUAUUUUCUUUCUUUGUGACACUAGACAUGAAACGUCAAGUACUUAUUUAAAAGUGGAGCGUAAACUUUCAAGAUAAGGAAGUUUGUCAAGUAGCUUAAUAAAAGACUUCCUAAAAUAGCCUGGCUAUACGACGAGUUCCAAAAAGGAUUAUGAAAAGUAAAGAGAGGACAAGAAAGUAGAGAGAACUGAAGAGUUUUUGUUGUUGGUGCGUCCAUAUAUAAAGAAUUCAGAAACAGUCUUAAUAGAAAUACAUGGGCAUAGAACAUCAUUAAUUACUCAUUGCAAUAAGGGAUUGUGUGUUAUAGAAGAAAAUAUAGUGCACUUACAAUGCCCUUAAAACAAGGAGUAACUUUCUGCGAAAUUUCUAUUUCACUUUCAAGAUCAGUUUCUCCGUCCUAUCAAUCUCAAACUUGCUCCCUCUCGCGCAAGCAUUUACAUGGCAAUAGCUACAGCUACAUAUAUAUAUACAGGGACGAUUUGCCUCGAGGCCAGAAUUGAAACCACCUCAUUACCACUGAGGGCGGCUGCCGUCGGAGAAUCCGUUUUGCGAAUAUUGGAGGUAAUGUCGCGAGUGGUUUUAUACAACACCCGAACCCAAUGCUUAGCCUGCGGCUACCGUUCCUCAUAUUACGAAGACUGAUGAAAAAUGGAAAUAGCGAUUUGUCCCAAGCCUCCAACCUAAACGGUCAAGGGUCUCUACCGUUUGCACAUCAACAUUCAACAAAGUCUUUUAUUAUCCUGAAUUCAAUUAUCUGGAAAUAAUUAAGUUCUUUGAAUAAAUCUGUGUUAAUUCAAUGUCACCGAGAACAUCAUUGUAUAUUAAUCGCCAAUAUGCAGUUAUGAAUAUUAGGUAUUCAUUUUAUAGCUCAUUGUAUUUAAUAUGUAACCGCUUUAAAAAGCAGCAUCCCAUUUUUACGUUUUAUAUAUCUAUAAUAAGUAUCCAGUGUCGUGUGAAAACAAAACUAUUAUUUAUAGUUUUAAAUGAUUCAACUUAAUA